UUACCUUUAUUAAAAAAACACUAUACACUUUAAGAAAACGCUAACACAUUCACCUUUCCUCCCAAAAAAGUUGUCGAAUGUCAAUAUGGCGGACGUGGAAGAGAUUCGUACUUCAUGCCACGUCUUGGGAAUAGGCUGAUUCGAUUGGUUAUCGCGGAACACGUGACCAAGUCUUGCCAAUCACAAUAAUCUAACCUGUUCCACACGUCCGAUAAACUUAAAUUUAUUUCACUUAUUUUACGAAUAUUUUAAAGUUAGGAAAUCUUCAGAAGGAUUAAAAAAUGCCGUUUCCCAAUUCGCCGUUUAAAUACAAUUUUAAUUGCGACGUUUUGUACAAAACUAAUGAUGAACCACCACACACGUCGAUUCAAUUUUCUAAAUUGGAAAAUACUUUAAAAUGGCUUUGCAAGUUUCCUAAAAUUACAUCGUAUCGUAUAAAUACAUUGAAAUGUAAUAUAGAUGACAUUAAAACAAUAUUACAGGGCUUAUUAACCCAGACUUUAGGCAAUGUUAUAGUACUAAAAAUUCAUCCUUUAUUAUCGGAUGUACUUAUUUUAAAUCAUUCUUAUGAAAAUAAAAAUAUUAAUUCCCAUGAUAAAGAAGUAAUUAUUGAUCCAGAUUGUGCUGCAGCUGUUUUAAGAGGAGCUCAUAUUUACGCUCCCGGUGUUAUGGGGUUAGUUUCAGGUGUUCAGUUAAAUGAUAAAAUAAGCAUAUACGCCGAUUUAUCAAAAAAAUGCAAGAAAGGUUUUCAAAAAACAUAUACUGACGAAAAUAAAUUGUUUAUUGGAAACGGAUUGGUAAAAAUGAGAAGAUUUGAACUUUUUGGAGAAGACAUUAAACCAAGCGGAAUUGCUAUUGAAGUCACGGAAACAAUAUCCGGAUGCCCACCAAUAGGAGAUAAAAUAUUAGACGAUGGGCUGGUUCUACUUCAAAACUUACCAUCAAUCAUUUGUGUUAAAAAUCUGAAUCCCCAACCUGGGGAGACCAUUUUAGACAUGUGCGCAUCACCUGGAAACAAAACUACGCAUAUAGCUGCCUUGAUGAAAAAUAAAGGUAUCUUAGUUGCUUUGGACAAAACUCUUGUAAAAGUAAAAAGACUACUAAAAAAUUGUGAGGAAUUUGAUGCUAAAGUAUAUGUAUACCAAGCAGAUUCUACCAAAAUAUUAGAUGAUAAUGCAUCCAAUGAAAUACACGAAGGUCCUCCGUUUAAGUCGGAGUCAUUUGACAGAAUCUUAUUGGAUGCGCCUUGUAGCGCUUUAGGAAAAAGGCCGCAACUUUAUAAUAACACAACUGAAAAAGUUAUUAAAUCAUACGUGCCUUUACAAAGAAAACUAUUUGAAACGGCUGUCAAUUUGUUAAAACCAAAUGGAACAUUGGUAUUUAGUACUUGCACAAUAACUCUAGCUGAAAACGAAGGUUUGAUAGCAUGGGCUCUUAAAAAUUUUAGUUGUCUUAGGCUGGUACAUCAAAAGUUUCACUUAGGAAGUCAUGGCUGGCAGGGCUCUGCUUUAAACGAGGAUCAAAGACGGCUUGUACAAAGAUUUGAUUGCACUGAUAAUGUUGACUCCGUUGGUUUUUUCAUUGCUGGUUUUAUAAAAGAGAUAACAUAAAUUGAGGUUUAAUAUACUAGGUAUAUACAUUUUUUUUGUAUUUUAUAUUUUAUGGUGUACAUAGAAUUUUUCAUUGUAUAUUCCAGAGCCAUUAACUAUUACAUCUAUAAAAUAGUUUGGUAUAUUAGUCGCAAUUCUUAUUCCUUCACAAAUCAAUUCUGUACUUCUAAAACAAAAUAUAUAGGAUUUACGAAAAUGGUAUCCUUUCCUUCAACGCCAUCGCUAGUGCUUACACUUAUAACAUCAAAAGGUUCCAUAAUAUGAAGAGUGGUAUUUAUGGCAGAACAAUUGUUAUUUUGAAAUACUAGUCUAAAAUCGAUAUGUGAUUUAUCUUCGUAUAUUAU